AGCUAAGCACCACACAGCUUCUCUCUCACUCCCCUCUGCCAGGAUGAGAGAGAGAAUCAGAAAAGCAAGAGUGUGGACUCAUCCACAGGUCACAGUCCCUUUGACUUGAGCUUUAACCUGCUGAGUACAGCAGCACAGAAACAGCAGUGAUGCCCUGGCCAUCUGCUAGCACAGGCACAUUGCCAUGGCUGUUAUCAGAAUGUUCCCGGGCAUAGCAGAGGAAGAUAAGAAGAGCAGCAAAAGCAAAAAAGCAGCCACUAACAAAGCAUGAGACUUAUUUACACUAAGACAAGCAAGGCCUGCGGCAAGCACAGAAAUCCAACGGUUAAUAGCUAAAUUGCAAUAACACCUACAAAUUUGAUUUAGCAUGUUCCAGUCACUUUGGGUACCAAAAAGGACUGCCAUGGUUCAACCCCAAAUGGCAAAUAAGUCCCACCCAGUUGCUCACCUCCCGCCUGAUAAGAUGGGGGAGAGAAUCUGAAGGGUAAAAGGGAGGACACUCUUGGGUUGAGAUAAAAAACAGUUUUUAAUAGGUAAAGCAAAAGCCGCACAUGCAGGCAGAGCAAAACAAGGAAUUAAUUCACCAUGUUCCAUUGUCAGGCAGGUGUUCAGCCAUCUCCAAGAGAGUAGGGCAGGUGUGAUAGGUAUUUGGAAAGUCGAACACCAGCACUCUGGACGUUCCUCCCCUUCCUUCUUCCCCCAGCUUUACAUGCUGAGCAUGACCCCAUAUGGUCUGGGAUAUCCCUUUGGUCAGUUGGGGUCAGCUGCACUGGCUGUGUGCCCUCCCAAAUCCUUGUGCAUCACUAGCCCUUGCUGGUGGGGUGGUGUGAGGAGCAGAAAAGGCCUUGGCUCUGUGUAAGCAACUGCUCUGCAGCAACUAAAACAUCCCUGUGUUAUCAACACCAUUUCUAGCACAAAUCUGAGCUGCUUUGGGGAAAAUUAACUCUAUCACAGCCAAAACCAGCACAGCUGAUUAUGGAAAUGCUGAUUAAACCUGAAAACUAUUUUGCACAUGGAUAUUCAUAUUAAGAGUUUUGCCAUAUUUGUUUGUUACUGAAAGAUAAUAUCAGUACUUUUGGUCUAAUGUUGGCUCUGCAAAAAUACUUUUAUUUUCCCACCUGGAGACAAUUAUCCAGUAAAAUCUGUAUAAUAUUUUGCAAGCAGUUAUCAGGCAAUGACUUCAGUAUCAUUUUGAAGUUGUCGCACCCAAUGUUACUUCCCACUUGUUGCACAAGCUGUGGCUGACUCCAGAGCUUUGUCUACCUGAGGUUUCUCUAAGCAGCCAGACCAGUUCCAUCUGCUGCCCUCCGAGCUCGUCACUGAAUGGUUUGUGAAAACGUGGCUUGUUAUGAAUUUCACACAAGCUGCUCGCUGUCAGGAGUUGUGCAGCAUUGCCACUGCCAUCCCAAAGCCUUUCUUGCUCUGUGGUAUCAACACAUGACCAUGACAAAGUGAGCGGCAACAACUACAGGACAGUUACAUGCUUGGUAUCUUGGCUUGCCUCCCAGCUCCAACAGGGACAGACUAACACCCAGAAGCAAACCACAGCCACAGCCUCCCGGCCAGUGUGGAAUCCACCGGGAAAGCACGACGUUUUCCUGGAAGCUGCUUCCAAGGAGCUCAAGCCAAGUGGGUGAAACGGGCAAGCAAGCAGGAGGAUGGCAGAAACGGAGCUGACCAAGCUGUGUCCACUCAUGAACGGCAAUUAUGUGCUAAAUCAUGAAAACAAAGCUGACAGCUCCUGGGUUCUUCCCAACUUGCCCAGUAAGUGCACGUGGACACCUACAACGCCUGCCUCCAAGUCUCCACACUCCUGCGUGCCCUUACCAGAAGAAAAGAAGAUCUUGCCCAACAUCCUGAAGAGAGUUGGCUGCACCCCAAUGGUCCGGGUCAACAAGAUUGGGAAGUCCUAUGGGCUCAAGUGUGAGCUCUUGGCAAAAUGUGAGUACUUCAAUCCGGGGGGCAGCAUAAAGGACCGCAUUGGCCUGAGGAUGGUGGAAGAUGCAGAGCGAGCUGGGAUUAUAAAACCAGGAGACACACUCAUUGAACCCACUUCAGGAAACACAGGAAUCGGGCUGGCAAUGGUGGCUGCAGUGAAAGGUUACCGCUGUAUCAUUGUCCUGCCGGAGAAGAUGAGUGUGGAGAAGGUCGAUAUUCUGAAGGCACUGGGUGUUGAAAUUGUGAGGACCCCAUGCACCAGCUUUGAUGCUCCAGAGUCUAACAUUCGUGUGGCCUGGAAGCUGAAAAGUGAAAUCCCAAACUCUCACAUCCUGGACCAGUACCGAAACCCAGGCAACCCGCUGGCUCAUUACGACACCACGGCUGAGGAGAUACUGGAGCAGUGUGAAGGCAAGGUCCACAUGGUGGUGGUUGGGUCUGGCACAGGAGGCACCAUCACUGGCAUCGCCAGGAAGCUGAAGGAGAAAUGCCCAGAAUGCAAGGUCAUUGGUGUGGAUCCUGAAGGCUCCAUUGUCGCUCUGCCCAGUGAGAUGAACACGACAAACACCACAAACAUCGAAGUGGAGGGCAUUGGGCAUGACUUUAUCCCUACUGUCCUUGACAGAUCAGUGGUCGAUCAGUGGUAUAAAUGCAACGACAGAGACUCGUUACUCAUGUCACGCAGGCUGAUCAGGGAGGAGGGACUAUUGUGUGGAGGCAGCUCGGGCAGUGCCAUGUCUGUUGCUGUGCAGGCAGCCAAGGACCUGAAGGAAGGUCAGCGCUGUGUUGUCAUCCUGCCUGACUCUGUCAGGAACUACAUGUCCAAAUUUCUGAAUGAUAAGUGGAUGAUAAAAAACGGUUUCCUAAGCGACGCCCAGGAGCACAAGCCUUGGUGGUGGAACAUCAAGGUGCAGAAACUGAAUCUCUCGUCCCCUCUCAUUCUCCUCCCUGAAGUCAGCUGUCAAAAGGCAAUUGAGAUCCUCCAGGAGAAGGGAUAUGACCAAGCUCCUGUUGUUGCUGAAUCAGGGCUUAUUUUGGGAAUGGUGACCCUCAGCAACACCCUUUCCUCAGUGCUGGCUGGAAACGCACAGUUCUCAGACUCCGUUACGAAGGUCAUCUACGACCAGUUCUCAAAGAUUGGCCUGGAGGACAGCCUCGGCAAGCUUUCCUGCAUCCUGGAGAACGAUCACUUUGCUAUUGUUGUACAUGAGCAAAUGCAGUUCAAUGGGAACGGCAGCUCCUUCAUGAAGCAGAUGGUGUUCGGUGUGGUCACAGCCAUGGACCUCCUCACCUUCGUCAGCAGAAAUGAGAAGAAGUAGCAGAGCAGCUUGGCUGUACUGUCCUCUGCUCCUCUGGCAGGACCAGCUCCCCCCCGAGCCUCCACCUCCCGGCGAGGUGCUUUCUGGUCUGAUCCAGCUGAUCGUUUCUCAAAAUGACUAGGUGAAAAUCGUACUGACCAUUUGUCCGCUAAACACCAUCCCAGAAUACCACUAACAAGAUAACUGAUGAAAUUGUGUUUAAUAGCCAUGUGUGGUUACACGGAGCUUCCCAGCGAUGAAGGGGUAA